UUCCGCCGAGGCGGGCUCGGGCCGGGCAGGGCUGGAGCGAGGUGUGGGCGGCCCCGCGUGCCCUGCAACCCCCCCCCCCCCUUCCUUAUUGAUCACGGGUAAUUUGCAUACGUUCCCCAAGUGGAAAGUGUAUCCAAGAAGCAUUAACCCUGAAGCCACCAUCACCGGGUCCUGCGGUGUGACGCUUGUCCUAGUGCAUCGGGCAUACAGCACCUUACUCCCCAGGAGACGAGACGCUGCUGACAGGCCCCUGCGUGAGCGGCGAGGUGCCGAGAGCUGGGCCGAGGUUGCCCCGGCAGAGCCAGAGUUACCAUAUUUCCAGAUCUAAAAGAGAUGCUGAUAGGGGUCAGGGCAGGGGGGGAUAUGAUGGUGGGCAGUGACAUGCUGGUGCCCUGCCCCUGCCCCUUCUGCUGCUCCUCACUGAUGAGCCACAACCCCCCCACUCCUGCUGCUGCCCCUCACUCCCCACCCACUGACCCCAGCCCUGCCAGUCCACUCACUCCCAAAAAACAGUACCCUGCCACCCCACUAGUGCCCCUCACUCCCAGCCCACAGCCUCCUGGCACUGCCAGUGCCCUGCACACCCUUCCCACAGUCACAUGCCUAGCCCCCAUUCCCAGUGCCCCUCACUGCUGAUCUGCAGCCCCCUGCCCCCUCCCAGCCCUGCCAGUGCCCCUAACUCCUGCCCUAGAGCCCCAUGCCCCACUCCUGACCUGCAGCCCCCUGUCUCCCCUCCAGCCCCGCACUCUGGACCCACAACCCCCUUCCCCCUGAUGCCCCUUGGGCGAGGGAUCUUCCUCCCUGCCUACAUGACAAAAGCCUGGUGCCUCCGAGGGGGAUUCUCUGGUCACCUGGGCAGGGGGAGGGAAAAGCCCCCGCUCACCAGCCCAGGUAGCCAGUGAUGCUUUUUAAAUUGGUUGGCUUGUGGCCAGCACUGGCAGCUUCAAUUGGUCUGGGCUGCUGAGGUCAGAAAGGUUAUUUAAAGGCCUGGUCCAGGAAGAAGAGAAGCCAUUAGCCACGCGGUCAGAAAACUCCAACCACCUCGGGACGAUGCGUGUGAGUAAGCUACUCGAGACCCAACUAGAUAUUUAGCUUACAGUAACUCAGAUGCGAGAUCAAAAGGCUGCCCUCAGCCAUGCUGUUUUGCUCUAUGGGAUUCCUCUGAUAUUUCUAUGAUACUGCUCCACCUUUUACCCUGUUUCCGCCCUACCCCCUGUAAUCAAUAAAGUUCUCCUUUGUGACCGGUGUGGGAGACUUAUUGAGGGGGGGUCUAAAUUAUGCCGAGGAGGCCCCUUAGGUCUGGGGACUAAGGGAGACUUUCCUAAUAAGCCCCUGACUUGGGGAAGUGCCCCAAGUGCCUGUAUUGGGGCUAGGACCCAUUGGAUGAUCAGGCCUGCAUUUUCCAAGGUGUGCAGAGCCAGAAGUGAGUCCAGAGCCUUGGAUGGUGGCAGCGGGACCCCAGGCUAGCGGGUGUGCUCCAGGGAAGGGGUCGGCCGGACGGGAGGCACCCCAGGGAGGCACUCGGAGCCUGGAAGGUGGUCUGGCGCAGGGAGGUGGGCAGCUCAACGCAGGAGCGCCCCCUACUGGCCCGCCACACAUGGUGACAGCGGUGGGAUCCAAAUACCCUGCUGUAUUUGAGGCAUAAUUUGGGGAAAGGAAUAGAGUCACUGAAAUCCCUUGAGCAAACAAUUUCUAAUUUGGCAUCGGGUCGACUGGAUAGUGUAGAUAGUCAGGAUGACGGACGAGUAUGUCCAGAUGACUGUGCCUGAACUGAAAGAACUGGCAAAAGAGAGAGGCCUUCACGUGAAGAAAGGGCUAAAGAAGGAAGAGCUGGUUAAACCCUUGUGCACCAGCGAGUCAGGACAAGCAUCAGCUUCAUGCUCGACAACUGAGUCCGACCCAGAAACACACUCCCGCUCGUCAAGUCCGGAGGCCGCUGAGAGAUCACCCUCCGAGAGGGAGCGGCAGAGACUCCAUGAGCUAGAGCUGAAAAGGAUGGAGUUAAAAAGGCUGGAGCUGGAGGCCCAGUGCAAGAAGGAACAACAACAGCUAGAAGUGAAAAGGAUGGAGAUGGAGCUGGAGGCAAAAAAGCUGGAGCUCGAGCAGAAAAAGCUCGACGCUCAGCUCCAUCUGCAGAGCAACGGGGGAAACGCGAGCCCUCCGCAAGCGUCCGGGGAACACCCCAAACUGGACGUCUCAGCCUUCGCUCGCUACCGAGACGGGGACGAUCCUGCGGUGUUCCUAAGCAACUUCAAAAGACAAGCCCAGCGGUGUAAGGUGCCGGAGGAAAAGAUCAUGAUGUACUUGUCUGCUCUGGUAGAAGGUGACAUGGCGGUGGUCCUGAACAGCCUGCCCUCAGAUGCAGCUGAUGACUAUAAUGCCUUUAAAGCUGCUGUGUCUAAAACAUUCAAGUUAGGACUGGACUAUUUUCGGAAAAAAUUCUGGAAUAUGCGCCCACAACCCAGGAAGGCAUUGACUGGUUAUGCGGCCCUGUUGGAGGAGACAUGCAGUUAAUGGUUGGCCGAAGCCAAGGCUGACACUGUAGAAAAGUCAUGCCAGCUCCUGGUGCUGGAACAAUUCUAUUAUUGGUGUCCGAGAGAGGUUAAGACCCUGGUCAGGGACAGGGACCCCAAAAAUGCUCAAGAGGCCACUGAAAUUGCAGACCGACUGUUGCUACAUGGUGAGAAGCCUCCCUACUCUGGGAAGGAACAAAAAGGGGUCCAAAGAGGGGGGGGAAAAAGGAGAAAGAGGGCCACCUCCUGCAGAGCGCAAGGCGGCCCCAGAUUCGGGCAAACCACCCAAUUCGGAAAAGAGGGGGUGCUAUAACUAGUGAAGAGAUCACUCGUGUAAGACUGCCCAUCAGGUUUUAUGCUUUCUGUAUGUUAUUGAUAUAACUCGGUUCAUGUUUCAGAUUUUCUUUUUUUUUUUCCUCUUCUUCUGGCAUCCCGUGGGAGCUCCCUGACCCGACACGCCUGGACCCAUGGCCCUGAGAGGCUCCGUGUCCGAGCUUUUAAAGGAGGGGGGGAAGUGUGGCAGAAAUGCCACCGUCUGUGUCCCUCUCCAGAGAUCUGUCUCUCCCAGCAUGAGAGGCUGGUGUUGAAUCCCUCAGGGCAGGGGAUCUUCCUCCCUGCCUACAGGACAAAAGCCUGGUGCCUCCGAGGGGGAUUCUCUGGUGGGGGGGGGGGGGAGCCCAGCCCAGGCCCAGGUACCCAGUGAUGCUUUUUAAAUUGGUUGGCUAGUGGCCAGCUCUGGCAGCUUCAAUUGGACCGGGCUGCUGAGGUCAGAAAGGUUAUUUAAAGGCCUGGGCCAGGAAGAAGAGAAGCCAUUAGCCACGCGGUCAGGAAACUCCAACCACCUCGGGAUGAUGCGUGUGAGUAAGCUACUCGAGACCCAACUAGAUAUUUAGCUUACAGUAACUCAGAUGCGAGAUCAAAAGGCUACCCUCAGCCAUGCUGGUUUGCUCUAUGGGAUUCCUCUGAGAUUUCUAUGAUACUGCUCCACCUUUUACCCUGUUUCCGCCCUACCCCCUGUAAUCAAUAAAGUGCUCCUUGUGA